ACACCAUCAACAAUCUUUCUAUGUUCCCCCCAUCUCUCUCCCCAUUACAUAUAAAUAAUCUCUCCCCCUCUCUCUAUCUCUCUCUAUCUCUCUGUCGCCUUUAUUACAUUACACACACCCUAUAUAGUUUGAGGCUUCUCUCCAAGUCUCUCCCAUUAUCUCUCUCUCUCUCUCUCUCUGUGAAGCAGCAAGUUGGUUGAUGAUCAAGCAGAAUGAUGAAGGAGUGUAAUAUGUCGAGUGGGUCAUCAACAGGAGGAGAGAACAGAGACAGAGUAGUGUGCGUAAUGGAUGCUUCAAGCAGGCUUGGGUCUGCACUGGUUCAUCGUCUUCUUACAAGAGGCUACUCUGUCAACGCCGCCAUCCAAUCUCAUGCCAAAGUGCAGGAUUUCAAGGGUUUGAUUUGUGAGACCGAUAACACGAGAUUAAAGGUGUUUCAUUCAGACCCCUUGGAUUAUCACAGUAUAGUCGAUGCAUUGAAGGGAUGUUGUGGCUUAUUUUACUCCUUCGCUCCCCCGUCUGACCAUCCUACCUAUGAUGAAUUUAUGGCAGAACUAGAGGUAAUGGCCGCACACAAUGUAUUAGAAGCAUGUGCACAAACAGAUACUAUAGAGAAGGUAGUGUUUACUUCCUCGGCCACAGCUGUCAUCUGGAGGGACCGAGGUGAUACCUUGCCAUCUAAUUUCGACGAAAGAAAUUGGAGUGAUGUUAACUUCUGUAAAAAAUUCAAGCUAUGGGAAGGACUCUCAAAGACACUAGCGGAGAAAGCUGCUUGGGCACUCGCCAUGGACAGAGAGGUGAACAUGGUAUCCAUAAACGGAGGGCUGCUCAUGAGUCCAGACCUCACCAUAUCACAUCCUUACUUGAAAGGUGCUGCUGAAAUGUAUGAAGAUGGGGUUUUUGUUACCGUGGACCUUAGGUUCUUGGUAGAUGCCCACAUAUGCGUCUUCGAGGACAUUUCAUCCUAUGGGCGAUAUCUAUGCUUCAACCAAGUGAUCAACUGUAACAACGAUGCAGUAAAACUCGCGCACAAGCUUUUGCCAUCAGAUGAAUCAUCAGUUUCACAAGGUAUGGAUGACAGCAGAGUCUUUCAACAAAGAAUAAGCAACAAGAAACUAAGCAAGAUGAUGGUAAACUUCGAAAGCAGACCUCAAGCCGAAUGAUGAUCUGCUUAUUCAGUUGUCUCAAAAUCAAUGGCGUUUGCGACAGAAGGCACGACAAUUGUGUCAGAUAGUAUAAAGUAGAACACAGAAACGUUUGUAUACAGCUUAGGAUUAGGUGUCGCAAGGUUACAAUUCAAUUUUUAUAAAGUGUCAAGGAGGUACCAAUGUGUUGACCUUGGCAGCCAUUAUUAUCUGUAACAGUGAACCAAGCCUUUCUAGUUUUUGUGUGCAGUGGAUGACCAAAUGAAGUGCAUGUAUGGAUCUUUUGUUUAUUAUU